CUAAAAUCGGGAAGACCUAUUUCAAUAUGGCAGAUUCCGAAGAACAAAAAUUGACCAUCAUGUUCAAAACCGAUGCCAGCUCAAUAAUAUCGCUUAUGUUUCUACAUCCUGUUCCAGUUCGUGAGAAAGUGAAAGAAUGGAUGGCAACGUUAUAUAAAAUGGGUUCAAAUAUCCUGGAUCAGCAAAUGCGCAAUCGCUACGCUGCCUACCUGUUGAUGCAAUUGGAAGUCAAUCAGGGUCUAUCGAAGCCGUUUGAACAACCAGCCCCGGAUCACAUUCACAUUCCACUGGCAAAAAUUGUGGGUGUCGAUGAAUAUAUUCAGCUUCUCGAAAAGUGUGAACGAUAUUAUGUGAUGAAAAAACGACCAAACAAUGAAGAAUCGAAGGAGCGCAGAACGCCGUAUGAGUUGAUGUAUCGAAUGCCGCCUGCUGAUCACGGUGUGAUUGUAUACGGCGCCUGCUUCAGCAAGGAUGAUCAAUGAAGAAGCAGUUGAUCGUAAUCAUUUAUUUGUAU